AGAAGGGAAUUUAUUACCGUAACUGGACACAGAAAGAAGGCCAGAAAUAAUUCCACAGACCAACUCGAAGUAUCACAAUUUCCUUGGUGUUUAUAUAGGUUGGGGUUAUGGGCAUAUGUGCAGUACAGCAAUCACCUAAGUCUAUUAGUAACUAAUUUGGUUUCAAGUAGGUCAGAGACAAAAAAAAUGCUUGCGAAGUCCGAUUACAAGAGGCCCAGUAGCUUUAAGGCCUGCCUACUGUGCUACCGGAGUGAUUAUUUCCAUCUUUACUCCUUUACAGCUUGGUCUGGAGAGCUGCCUUACACUCCCAAUGAAUCUAUUCAAACGGCUGCCUCUCCUACCUUGACUUGUCUCAGACUGUGUUGACCCAGGACAAGUCCUGGCACUGGGAAUAUAAAACUGUUCCCAUUAUUUUGGCUUGCUCCAGCAAGGGAGAAGCUGCUGACCACGUUGCAUUUCUAGCUUUGAUGUCUGGACACCGAUUUCCCUAGAUUUAACUAUUUGCUCAAUGUUAAGGCAUCGCUAUGGAAAUUUGUCUGUAACUGGGGUGCUAUGCAGGCCUGUCUGUAUGACUGUCAGGGAGAACUGUCCUGCCACACGAAGGACACUAGGGGGCUUUUCUUCGUGGCCCAAAGAAGCUGCAGGAAACCCACCCUAGGGGGACAAAGACCAAUGGCAGGGUCAGUCCCCAUAGCCAGGUGAGGGAAACAGGCUGGACGCGGGCCUCCUCCCCUUUGGCCUGACGUGUGACAGGGAAGCCAAUGCAAGGAGCAGCAGCAGAGAGGGUCACCACAGUCCUGUCCUGUGGGUGGGCUUCCUUCCAGUGGGUGGGGAACGGGUACUCCCACCCCACUCCUCCUUAGCUUUAUGACUUCAUUUGCUGACGUCACCCAGAGACAAUGCUGAGUGUUCUACCCAAGUCAAAGCCAAGCCCAGCCCAGCCCAGCCAGACACCUCCCAGUAUCGUAAAUGAAGACAAUGCCUGUUGGCCCACGUGGUGGGGGGAUGUAGACGGCAGUGGCGCCAGCCGCUUCUGGCACCAUGGACGAUGCCACGGUCCUAAAGAAGAAGGGUUACAUCAUGGGCAUCAAUCUCGGCAAGGGUUCCUACGCAAAAGUCAAAUCUGCCUACUCUGAGCGCCUCAAGUUCAAUGUGGCUGUCAAGAUCAUUGACCGCAAGAAAACGCCCACCGACUUUGUGGAAAGGUUCCUUCCUCGGGAGAUGGACAUCCUGGCAACUGUCAACCACUGCUCCAUCAUCAAGACCUACGAGAUCUUCGAGACCUCUGAUGGGCGGAUCUACAUCAUCAUGGAGCUUGGCGUCCAGGGCGACCUCCUCGAAUUCAUCAAGUGCCGGGGGGCCCUGCAGGAGGAUGUGGCGCGCAAGAUGUUCCGACAGCUCUCCUCGGCCGUCAAGUACUGCCACGACCUGGAUGUCGUCCACCGGGACCUCAAGUGCGAGAACCUUCUCCUCGACAAGGACUUCAACAUCAAGCUGUCUGACUUUGGCUUCUCCAAGCGAUGCCUGAGGGACGGCAAUGGACGCAUCAUCCUCAGCAAGACCUUCUGUGGGUCGGCGGCGUAUGCAGCCCCCGAGGUGCUGCAGGGCAUCCCUUACCAGCCCAAGGUAUAUGACAUCUGGAGCCUGGGCGUGAUCCUCUACAUCAUGGUCUGCGGCUCCAUGCCCUACGACGACUCCGACAUCAGGAAGAUGCUGCGUAUCCAGAAGGAGCACCGUGUGGACUUCCCGCGCUCCAAGAACCUGACCUGCGAGUGCAAGGACCUCAUCUACCACAUGCUGCAGCCUGACGUCAGCCAGCGGCUCCACAUCGACGAGAUCCUCAGCCACUCAUGGCUGCAGCCCUCCAAGCCCAAAGCCAUGUCUUCUGCCUCCUUCAAGAGGGACGGGGAGGGCAAGUACCACGCUGAGUGCAAACUGGACACCAAGCCAGGCUCGAGGCCUGACCCCAAGCCCGACCAUAAGCUUGGAGCCAAAAACCAGCACCGGCCGCUGGUGGUGCCCGAGAACGAGGACAGGAUGGAGGACAGGCUGGCCCAGACUUCCAGGGCCAAAGACCAUCACAUCUCCGGAGCUGAGGGCUGAUGGAAGCUCCCACCAGGACCACACACCAAAAGGUGCCUCUUAGGGACGGGCCAAAGAGGAUGUGGAGGAAAGAGAAGAUGGAGGGGCCCUCGUCCUGUCCACGUGUGGCCAAGCUCUGGGUAAGAGGAGCUGCCACAGCACCCACUGAAGAACCCCGUGGAUCUGCCCUGGACUCUGCCGCAUGGGCCACGCCUCCACACGGUCAGGGCAAGGGCUGAAUAGGAGCAGGCCAGGGCCACUCUCCCACUUCCCCAGCAGCCAGGAGGCCCCUCACCUGGCC